UCUGCUAGACGUGGUGCCGUAAAGAAACCGCUAGCUCUUCCUUUGCCGGUGGCGCUGAUAUCGUAGUAGCAACAGUUUAGUUAGCUUACAAUUUUAAAUAAUUUGUAAGUUUUAAAACGUUACGACCUUUGCACGAGUAGAUAAAUUAUCCAGCAGCUGUCAAAAUGAUUUCGCUAACGGAUUCUCAAAAAAUUGGGAUGGGGCUUACAGGGUUUGGUGUGUUUUUCCUUUUCUUUGGGAUGAUGCUGUUUUUUGACAAAGCUCUGCUCGCCAUUGGAAAUAUCCUGUUUGUCUCAGGUCUGUCUUUUGUCAUCGGCCUGGAACGCACAUUCAGAUUCUUCUUCCAGCGACACAAAGCCAAAGCCACAAGCUUUUUCCUGGGAGGAAUCUUUGUGGUUUUGAUCGGCUGGCCGAUCAUUGGAGUAGUUCUAGAGAUCUAUGGUUUUUUCCUCUUAUUCAGGGGAUUCUUCCCGGUAGCAGUCGGGUUUAUCAGACGCAUACCUGUGCUCGGAUCUUUGCUCAGCUUACCUGGGAUCAGUGCACUGGUGGACAAGAUUGGUGAGAGCAACACUAUGGUAUAACAUGAAGCUGCUGAUGCAACAGAGGACAAUUCCAGUAUUUAUAUGGCUUCUAAUAGUGACUAUGUUUUGAUCAUUGCCAGUCCUCUGCUGUGAAUCUGAAUAAUAUUCUGCACAAAAGAGACAAAGGUGUUUAUGGGCGUUCCACGAAUAUCAUCGAGUUUCUUCUCCAGCGAGAAACAGUAUCUGACUGCUACAGGAAAAACAAACAGCUUUUUUUUUUCCUUUUUUGUAUCACUCCUCUGUUAUAUUUAUAGACUGAAUACUUGGGACCACCCGACUAACUCCAAGCAGAGCUGUGACCCUUUGACAGCAUCCGGACUGCGUGCCUGAGAGCAUGUUUUUAAGGUUCAUAUAUGACGUGUUACUGGAAUUUUAAACUAUGAAUUAAAUAAGGUCGAGCUUAAUGUAACAGAAAUGUGAAAUGUUGAAAAAAAAAAAACAAGCUAACAUAAAAAGGUUUAAGUCAUUUGUGACAAAAAUGUUUUACUGUAACUUUUCUAAGUGCAUACUUGAAAUAAAGUGUGUCUUUUCUAUAUUGUA